AAUCUCCAAAACGUGGAGACGAAUAGAUUCAGUACAAUGAAUCGGCUGCAUCAGCAAGUCAGUUCUUGUGUGGGACUGGAGGUGCUCCAAGAUGUGGAAAAAUCGCAGUUGGUUCAUUAUCGGUCGCGUGGUGUUUACCCAAAUCUGGGAAACUCCAAGUUGACUGCCAGCAAGAUCUCAGAGAUGGCCACAGACGUGAUUAGCUCACAGCUAGCUCUGGAUGAGCCCCUUGACAGUGCUCCACACGCGAACAACUUCAAGUUGGAUCCGGAGAUUCUCCCAGAGUUGGAAAAACCAAAAGUGUGGUACGAUGAAAGCCCAGAGAUUCCCCCAGACUGUGACAACUCCAAUGUGGCUCGCUAUGAGGUCGGUGAGAUUUGUCAAUACAAGAAUAAUUCACAGGCUGGUACCGAUGGGGAAUUCAAGAUUUGCACCUACGAGGCCAGCCCACAGUCGCUGGAGCUUGGACCAUUGCACGACGACGACGAUGACUCUCAGUCGGGUGUGCAGAUAAUAGAGAUAUUUGAGACUCCCCGGGGAGUACCGAAGGUGACACGCGAGAGGGCUGAGAUCACUAUGAUUAAGAAGCGUUUCCAGGCCAAAGAGAAAGCCUAUAGGGAGCUGGUGGCACGUCAUCAUGAGCUCUACGCGAUCUACAAAGAAAAGCGACGUACCGUGGCCGAAGGCCUGGCUGAGAUAACCAAAGAAAUGGAAGUGUUGGGCUAUUGGGCUGAUGAUGCUACAGCAGAGGGGUCAGAGGAGGACCCAGAAGAGUGCGCAGUGUACGACCCAGAGGGCGGCAUAGAGUGCGAACAAGGGUACGCCUUAGAGGAGGGUCCAGAGAAGGGCCCAGAGCAAGGCGCGGAUGGCCACGAGGUGGCUUUGGUCAAGGUAGAUUCGGAGCCGAAAUCAUCCGAUGCUGUCUGUGCCAUUUGUUGAGCCAAGAGCUCAGACUUCACCUCUCCCAAGGUGUUUAUUUAUUUAUUUAUUUGUUACGUUUAAACUGAUGAUUGAUUCACACAUAACACAAACAUAAGAAACUUGCGCUG